GACGACGGAGACCGAGACAAAGGUCAUGACGGAAGUGUCAGUCAGGUUCGACGCAGCAAGGAUGGUCGACAUGGCGAUGCUGGUGAUGAUGAUGAUGGCGAUGACGAGGAUGUCGGACACGGGCUCAACUCCUCGGGCGGCUCGGUCGAUGUGGCAUCGUCGGCGGGUGGUCUGCGCCAUGCGAUGUUCUCCAUGCUGGCAAGGACAGAGAGAAGAGCACUCGCGCUGGCAGAGAUGGCCGAGGCCCGGGCAGGGGCCAAUGAUGGCCAGUUGGAUGCGACCAGGUCGCGGAUUGCUCGGCUGGACGUGGCGUCAGACGCCGCUGUCGCCGCUGCGGCGGGUGUGGUCGACAUGUACGCGCCGCCUGGCCAGCAGCUGGCAGACGAUGCAGCGGCGCUGCUGGGGACAGGUGCCGAGGCGAGUCGAAGUGGCGGUCCAUUGCUGCCACAGCUGUCCCUGGCACGGGUGCUGGCGGCCGAGGAUGGGUUUACGGCUGCGCUGGCACAUACAGCAGACAAGGUGGCAGCUCGACAUGCUCCGCCGCAGCCUGAGCCGACGGCUGCCGAGGUCGAGGCUGCAGCGGUGGCGGCAGCGCGGUACGAGGACGAUCAGGCCGAGCUGGCGCGGAUCCGCGAGGCGCUGCCGGUCUCGCUGAGUCGAUGGGCGGCAGCGGCGGCUGACCGGGCGACCGAGGCAGCGCGGCUGGCGUGCCUCUCUGCAGGGCUCGAGGGCGAAGACGCUGCGGCGCCGGCGGCGAAGAGUGGGGUUGAGGAACGCGAGCUUCAAGCGCGGAUCCUGCAUCUCGAGGGCACAGUCCUCCCACAGCUUUUUCGGCGGCUGGCGCGCGAACAGGCCGCCGUCCUCCAUGGCAACUACGACGCCAAGAUUGCACGGCUGCGGGUGAUGGCCGAAGAGCAAGACAAGCUCGCCGCCAGGGUCGCUGAUCAAAGUUCCCGGCUCGAGGUUGUCCGCGCCGCACUUCUUGCCGAGGAGCUUCAGAUCCGCGAGCUUCUCGAGGCUCUUGCGAGCCAUGAGGCGCUGCUUGACUCGGCGCACUUGCGGGCGCAGGACGAGCUAGUCUCCACCCUCCGCACGGUGCCGGUGCCGCGGUCAGCGCUGUAUGCGACUGUAGCCGAGGUGGUGGCACCCGGCCACCCGCACUCGCACGACGCAGUCGUUGCGGGGGCACGGACGCUGCGGGAGACCGUCGCCGCGGGCGCAGCAAGCGCCGCGGGUCAGUGGCAGAUUUUGGACUCGCUGCGGAGCUCGCUCGAGUCUGUCGGGCGCGAGGCCGAUGCGGUUGCGGACGCAGCUGUGGCACGAGAGGCACGUGCUGCGCUAGUCGAGCUCGAGGAAGAGAUCGACGUGCUCUCCGAUGCGCUGGCCCAGCUUUGGGGCGGCCCCUGA